CGGCCCUCCGCCGCCUUCCUCCGCUUCCACCUUCUCUCCCCCCCCCCGCCAAGUUGAGGCCCCCUCCGGGGGGGGGAGGCCCGGGAGCCGGAGCGAAUUUCUCUAACUCUCUCCACCUUUCCCCCACCCGGCCCGAGUGUGAGAAGAAGGGCCCGGCUCGGCCCGCGUCGUGUGUGAGGAGGAACCGGGCCGGCCCACGGGCCGUCUGGGGCCUGGUCCGGGCCGCCGGGUGUGUGAAGACAGGGGCCCGGUGCGGGCCGGCCGAGGGCGAGCGGAGCGGAGGGGAGGGGCCUGGUCCGGCCCGGCUGGUGCGUGAGGACUGGGGCCCCGGCCCGGCGCCGCCGUCGCCGCGAUGGCCCAGCAGCAGAUGACCAGUUCGCAGAAGGCCCUGAUGCUCGAGCUGAAAUCCCUUCAGGAGGAGCCGGUGGAGGGCUUCCGAAUCACCCUGGUGGAUGAAUCCGACCUCUACAACUGGGAGGUUGCCAUCUUCGGACCCCCUAACACCCUCUACGAAGGCGGCUACUUCAAGGCGCAUAUUAAAUUUCCUAUUGACUACCCAUAUUCACCACCUACCUUCAGAUUCUUGACCAAAAUGUGGCACCCCAACAUUUAUGAGAAUGGAGAUGUAUGCAUUUCAAUUCUUCAUCCACCUGUAGAUGACCCACAGAGUGGAGAACUGCCCUCUGAAAGGUGGAAUCCUACUCAAAAUGUCAGGACUAUCCUGUUAAGUGUAAUCUCAUUGCUUAAUGAGCCCAACACCUUCUCCCCAGCCAAUGUGGAUGCCUCGGUUAUGUUCAGGAAAUGGAGGGACAGUAAAGGAAAAGACAAAGAAUAUGCUGAAAUCAUUAGGAAACAGGUGUCAGCCACUAAAGCCGAAGCAGAAAAGGAUGGAGUGAAGGUCCCCACAACCCUGGCGGAAUACUGCAUCAAAACUAAAGUGCCUUCCAAUGACAACAGCUCAGAUUUGCUUUAUGACGACUUGUAUGACGACGACAUUGAUGAUGAAGAUGAAGAGGAGGAAGAUGCCGAUUGUUAUGACGAUGAUGAUUCUGGGAAUGAAGAGUCGUGACGUGCUCCUUCAAGGCCCCUGUACUGCCCUGCCGUCUCAGGCCAAAGGGAGGGGAGCAAGUGGGGACCUAGCAGUGGCCCCUCAGCAAAAACCUGUCAUGGGGGUGGGGAAAACAAACACGACUCCUGGUGACUCCCCUUAUGGAUCUCAGUUUGCUCCUUUUUAUGGACCUCUUAAUGGAGAGAAACUAAUCCUCCACAGAAUGUCUGAAUUCUUGCAUUCUUUACCCUUCCAUCACUGUAUUGAUUUUUUUUUCCUUUCUUUAAACCCAAACUCCCACCUCACUUCGUCUCUGCAGAGUGUUCACAGCAAAACACGUUUGGUCUGUUUUUAGAUUCUUGAAGAAUUAAAUAGUCUUUCAUCAAGACGUUUAAUGUGUUUAAAGCUGGGAACCCAUCGGGAGCUCACAAGUGCUGCAUAUGCUGGGUAGCAAAAGAAAAAAAAAACCAUAAAA